AUGAAGACACUAGCAGCGAGCACAACGGGCUCCGAGGCAGAUCAACCCGCAUCAGCAGCAAUAAAGACCCCAGUUGUUUCUCCGGAUAUUAGUGAUCACCAUGGAGCUACCCGCAGCACACAGGCAUCGUCUGAAGACUAUUGGACGACUGCAGGCAGGGCACAUAAACUGCCCCCUAAUGUUGACACGGAUGUGUUCAGGGAACUCCCUGAGGACAUCCAGAAGGAGCUGCUAUCACCUGCCUUCACCCGUACCCACCCCACCUCCUCCGCCUCGGCCACCAGUCGGCCAGUCCCCACCCCCCUACCCCUCUACUAUGGUCCUGACCGAGACCCUGCCUCCCAGUCCCAGCCUCCCCUCCGUUCUUCCGGUGACUCCCAUCCACUCCCCAUUAGGGUGGGGUCCUACCUCUGUUCAUCUGACGCACUGUCAACCACCACAGAGGUCAGCCGGACCCCACCGGGCCGGACCAGUACAGGACCAGGAGAACCCCCCGCGGGAGACCCCCAGAGGGCUGGGGGACAGGCCCUGUGUUCCCCCUGUGGGGUCCCAGGGGACGUGGACCCCGCUGUGUUCUCAGAGCUGCCCCUGGAGAUCCAGAGGGAGCUGAUGGUCGGGUGGAGACAACAGAAGCCGCUUCUGAAGGCACCCUCCUCAGAGAGAAAGUCUUCUAGCAAAUACAAGAAGGCUGCGGUUAAAGGCGGUAGGCAGAACGACUUGUACAAGUAUUUUAAGGCCAGCUAGGCUUUCUGCCUUGUUCCUCCCUAUGUGGCCCAAGACUCUUUGAUUGUUCAUAAGAAAUGUUAAUUUUAUCAAAGGAUUAUUUUUUUGUUAUUUUGGCAAUAAAAGUUAUGGUUUCUUCGAGA